UCCACCCGAGGGGACGUCAGUGUCAGCCCGGGCAAGACCACCACCGCUGCCACCGCCUCCAUCACCUCAGGUCUCUGCAAGCCGACCCAGAUAAGCAACAAACAUGGCUCCUUUUGAGAAAUCCAUGGAGAUGAUGCCCUUCAAGCAGAGGAAAUGCCUCGAAACAAGAAAAGAUGAAGUGUGCAGCAUUCGGUCCAAAUUCCCCAACAAGUUGCCGGUGAUUGUCGAACGCUACAUCCGUGAGAAGACCCUCCCCCUGCUGGACAAGACAAAGUUCCUGGUUCCCUUCGAGCUCACCUUGGGUCAGUUCCUCUGCCUGCUCAGAAAUAAGAUCGACCUGGACUCGACACAGGCUUUGUUUCUCCUGGUGGCAGAGAAGAGCAUGUCCUGUAUGUCCUCCAGCAUGGGGGAGGUCUAUUCCCGCUACAGAGACCUUGACGGUUUCCUCUACAUCACCUACGCCUCACAGGAGAUGUUUGGGGCGCCUCAACCAGCAGCCAGGCCACCCUGCUGAGCCUGAAGCAGAUAAAACGAACUGAAACACAACCAACACUGGAACAGAUGAUCGCCAAAACUGAACUGAGCCGUCUGUUGUUGUCCAGUUUUUUAGCGUCAAACGUCCAAUCAGCCUACCUCAUGAACCUCUUUGGACUUUUAAACAAUGCAGGUCAUUCCAUCCCUCCUUUUUAUGGCUUAAACACUUCAAUCUUCAAUCUUCAAUCACAACAGACUGUGGUGGGCAAAGAGUCACUUGAUGAAGUCUUUGUUUAGGACUGAUUCAUUUUUUUUUACUCUGUUAGGAGAUAUGAAAAGAAAAAGUAUUGAUUUAUGUACAAGCCAAUACAUGUUUUGGAGUUUUUUUAAAAUUCAGGUAACUGCUUUUGCCUGUUUUAUCUCCUCACAAGUCAAAAAAUAUUUGCCCUUCCUCAGAAACGCUGUGCUUCAGUGCAGAAAAACAGUGUUCACAUUGUUCACGACCUUGAACCACCACCUUCAUCUUACAAAAACAGGUUCAACGUCUUUCUGGUAAUCAGACUCUUCGUAGCACUUAUCUCCCCCUUCCUCCUCCUCUGCUGUCUUUGAUUGCCUCUUCAUCCUUGUCUUCCCUCAAAAAUGUGAAAUUGUGCUCCGGACUCAUCACCACAGGGGAUUAUUGAGGUACUCGGUGAAAACCUGGAUGUAAGGUGUAUGCGGCUCUGAUGUGUUUUCUGUAACCAGA